AUGGAAGAACGCCACGAAGAGAUCCUUGAGAACUGGCGCCGAGAGAAGUACGGAACUCGUCACACCAAGCAAACCUGUGAAUGCAUUACAUCGACUGAAACCCCAUAUUCUCUGUAUUCGUCGGAACCAAGUGAAGUUGAGAAGAGAAAGAAGUGGAUGAAGACCUUCCGAAGAGGAAAAGGAAGACGGGUGAUGAAGCAAAAGAAAAGAAUGCACCAAAGGAGAAGAAACAAGAAGCGUGGAAGAAUGGGGAAAACAAAUGACGAGCAUACGCCGCGAAACACACAAGUCUUGUUGAAAGCUUUUGUAUACGGUGCCCCGUUAUUCUUCAUUAUUGUUUUUGGAUUUUUCUUCGUAGCCGACGUUAUUCUCAAUGCAAUCACUGCCGGAAUAGACGAAUUGAAGAAUGUCAAAGACAUUGGUAAAUUUGAGUUUCUCAAAGUGCUGGUCAACAUCGACUAUUUCCUUUUCUUGUUUACGAAAUGA